ACACACAGAUGUGCAUCUGUCCUACCGAGCCCUGCGUCAGAAGAAGAAAGGCAUCGCAUCCUCCAUCUUCUGGGACGAUCGGCCGCAGAUUAUAGGAAAACCUCGUCCAUCAUGGGAGCCGUUCUGGGGCUGUGUUCCAUGGCUAGCUGGAUCCCGUGCCUGUGCGGCAGCGCCCCCUGCCUGUUGUGUCGGUGCUGCCCCAGCGGGAACAACUCCACGGUGACUCGUCUGAUCUACGCCUUCUUCCUGCUGCUCGGAGUGGCCGUGGCCUGCAUCAUGCUGAUGCCAGGCAUGGAGGGCCAGCUCAAGAAGAUUCCAGGUUUCUGUGAAGGAGGGAUGGGUUCGUCUAUUCCUGGUGUGGAGGGUCAUGUGAACUGUGAUGUGCUGGUUGGCUACAAGGCGGUUUACCGCGUUUGCUUCGGGAUGGCCAUGUUCUUCCUGCUCUUCUCUCUGCUCAUGAUCAAAGUCAGGAGUAGCCAUGACCCCAGAGCCGCGCUACACAACGGGUUUUGGUUCUUUAAGUUUGCUGCAGCUACUGCCAUCACUAUUGCAUCAUUUUUCAUCUCAGAAGGUCCCUUUACUACUGUGUGGUUCUAUGUCGGCAUGGCUGGAGCCUUCUGCUUCAUCCUCAUCCAGCUGGUGUUACUCAUUGACUUUGCACAUUCCUGGAAUGAGUCUUGGGUUGAGAAGAUGGAGGAGGGCAACUCUCGCUGCUGGUAUGCAGCUCUGCUCUCAGUCACUGCCCUCAACUACCUGCUCUCUCUGGUGUCUUUGGUCCUGUUCUACGUCUACUACACCCACUCUGGCGGUUGCACUGAGAACAAGGUCUUCAUUAGCAUCAACAUGCUCCUCUGCCUCACUGCCUCCGUCCUAUCCAUCCUGCCUCAGAUCCAGGAGUCCCAGCCCAGGUCUGGUCUGCUGCAGUCCUCCCUGGUCACCCUGUACACCAUGUACCUGACAUGGUCGGCCAUGACCAACGAGCCUGACAGGAACUGUAACCCGAGCCUCCUGGGUAUCAUCGGGCUGAACAGCACCAGUCCUGCAGGUCAGGACCACGUGGUUCAGUGGUGGGAUGCCCAGGGGAUUGUGGGAUUGAUCCUUUUCCUCAUGUGUGUCCUCUACUCCAGUAUUCGUAACUCGUCCAACGCCCAGGUGAACAAACUGACCCUGACCAGCGACGAGUCGGCUCUGAUCGAGGACGGGCCUCAGGGCGACAGCUUCGAGGAGGCCGGUGGCCUCAGCAGAGCUGUGGAUAACGAGAAGGACGGCGUCACCUACUCGUACUCCUUCUUCCACUUCAUGCUGUUCCUGGCCUCUCUCUACAUCAUGAUGACGCUCACCAACUGGUACAGCCCGGACUCCAACUAUGAGGCCAUGACCAGCAAGUGGCCAUCAGUGUGGGUGAAGAUCUCCUCCAGCUGGAUCUGCAUCGCCCUCUACGUGUGGACCCUGAUGGCUCCACUGGUCCUGGUCAACAGAGACUUUGACUGAAACACACACACCGUCCCACCGCUCGUGCUCACACACACACUCAUGCACUGCUUCACCCACAUGUCGUUUCAGUAGAACAGUAGGUAGCAUCAGUUCAGUUUGGUGUGGUGGCUUGUCAGUGCUGACUGUCGCAGCCCAGCCCAGCCUCAUCUGGUGUAAUGUCAUUGUGAACCCACAGCAGUUUGUUGAUAAAUCCUGUGUUGUCCCUGUGAUGAUUAUUUUCUUUCUAUAAAGACACAGCUGCAUGCUUUUCCUUGAAAACUUGAUGUGACAUUAACAGUAGCUGUAUACGAAGCUUUUGUGACGGGCAGAGGAAAGGCUUUGGGCAGCGACAGUUGAACUGUAGUAUUACAUACGGAAAUGCUGUUGCAUCUAAAAGAAGAUGUGCUGUUGUGAUGCAGAUGGACUUGUGGACUCCAUCUCCAUGGCUCAGACACAUGGAAGCAGGAGGGUCGUGGUUCACUAACUCCUACCAUUAGUGCUGUGUGUUGUUAAAGCUCUACCUGCUGUGUUCACUCUGCAGCGCACACACUCCUCAGCGCAUACUGAACUAAAACAUCCCUGUAUUUGUUGCUUCUGAUUUGCAUUGAAUUUUGAUUUAAAUGUCAAAAUGAAAGUGAUUGUUUGAAAACUACUAAGUUAUAAAGUGGUGUUUAGCUUUAGCAUGUAGAUCCUCACAUUUAGCAGAGAUUGUGAUUAUAUAUUUGUUUUAUUGUGUCUCCUGUGCUUUUAUCCUAAUAUCAUUUCUCUUGACCUGUAUAAGUAUAAGUGCUCUAAUAAAACGGAGGAAAAGAA